GCUCCGCCCCCGAGGCGGGUUGGCCCGGCGGCUUCUGCUGCGGCUCGUGGAGCGAGCGGGCGCUUCCUUGGCUAGGGAGGCUUGGCUAGCGGGAGGCUUCCUUCCCCGCCGGGGUCGGGAAAAGGUGACCUUUGGAGAGCUCUCGCGCGCGCCGCGCCUUUGCCCAAAGCGCCCUUUUUUCGGGGGAAGGGAAAAAGUUGCGGAGUCCUCCUUCCCCGAUGAAGCGCUCGCCGGAGAAGGAAAGGCGCCUCCCGACGCCUAUUGGCUUAGCCGCCCUGAAGAUGCUGCCCCCUGCCGCCCGGGGCGAUUGAUGCCGGCGCUUGGCGCCUCUUUUGCGGGAAGAUGCUUCUUCGGGGGACGGCACGUGGCGAAAGGCGCUGGCUGCGCCCGACAGGGGGCCGGUGAAACUUCACCUCGACGCGCCUGUUUGCUCCGGCGGGGGACGGGACGGCGUUGGCUUCAAUGGCUCCGUCGCCCAGGAGAAGCAGCGGGACAGAUGCCAGCGGCGUGCCGAGCGCCUCUUCGACUUUCUGGGCGGUGAUGAUCUUGCUCGGCCUCCUCGUCGCCUACUGCAGUCAGUUGGCCGCAGGUACAUGUGAAAUUGUUACUUUGGACAGAGAUAGCAGUCAACCUCGAAGGACUAUAGCCCGACAAACAGCUCGUUGUGCGUGUAAAAAAGGACAGAUUGCCGGUACAACAAGAGCGAGGCCAGCCUGUGUUGAUGCCCGCAUUAUAAAAACAAAACAGUGGUGUGAAAUGCUUCCAUGUUUAGAAGGAGAAGGCUGUGAUUUGCUAAUCAAUAAAUCAGGCUGGACCUGUACACAACCAGGUGGGCGGAUAAAGACAACUACAGUCUCCUGACAAAUACAACAGAGAAGCCUUGUAGGAGUUUUUAGGCUCUGUGUGGGCUAUAAUCCCUAGUCACUGCUGUGGAUCAUCAUACAUUCUAUGUCAUCAGUCCAACUGUCUGUUUCUCUGUAUUUCAUAAAAGACAGCAUAAUUCUACAUUAUGAGCUAAAGUCUGUUCUACUAUACAAAGAGCACUGGACUAUGGAUUAGAGAUAUAAGAGAAAUGCUUGGGCAUUAGCAAUACAAAAAAACAAAACAAAAAAACCCACAAAAACAGUUCACGGUUAAUGUCUCAUCUGCGUUCUGCACCAUUUCUGGACUUGAUGUGUUGUCAUGUUUUAAGCUGAAGAGUCAGCCACGGUGGAGAGUACUCAAUCAGCCUUAGAGAAGACUGCUCUUGUCUACCAGAGGACAUUAAGGUGCAAAGGAGAGUUUCUUCUUGCACCCUAGACUGCCUGAAUUGCUUUUAUUUUCUUAUGUUUCAGUAUAUACAAUAGACCAAAGAGCAAAAAUCUAUUUUAAAGUGGACAAUGGUACUGUUGACAGAGUUAUUUGGGUUCAGCAGCAUGGGGACCGCCCUGCACGAAUACAGUUCAUCCAGCGCUGCAGUGUUACUGCCCAGCAGCCGUCUCUGUGGAGCGCUACUGAAAACACUGGAACUGCUCUCAGAGAAAAGUACACUAAAGCCCACAAUGGAACACGGAGAGAAAAUGAUCAUUCUUCAACAAGGAAAUAGAACUUUGACCAGAAGUGACACAAACUGUCUACACACCACCUUUACUCCUCUGUGCUUAGAUUGACUUCAUGUACUAAAAUCAUUUUUGAGUUUAACCAGUUCAACAUGCCUCUUCUAUGGUUCCAUUUUUUGAUUGUUAAAAAGUUGGAUAAUACAGUAUUUGCAAAGAGCAUGUUUGGUCAUUUGUGGCCUAUGUCUCAUCUGAUACACCAUUUAGCACCAGAAAGCAAAGCCCUUGGGGUGGGGGAAGUAACACUUGUUUGAAAGAGAUCAUUUAAAUGUAUUUUGAAAAGCCUAAAGUUAUAUAUUUAACAGUUUUUAUAUGUUGUAUAUUUGUAGAAAAUCCUAUUUAACAAUUAACGUGGCAACUCUGACGGUCAUGGAAAAAAAAAACCUAGUUCAGAGUUCAGUUGUCGUUUUAUUACUUCAGUUGUCUUUGAAGUAAUACUGAAGUAGUUUGAUUUCUUCCAUUGGGGCAUUCCGGAUGUGAAGCAUGACCAGAGAGGACUCUGUAGAAAAAGCAAAGAAUAAUGUUGUUUAUAUUACAUAAAUGCAUUCAACCAUU